GCCAGCGAUGUGCCGCAGAGGCGGACUGGUUUGGGGAAAAGAUCUCCGACUCGCUAACCGAGGAAGAGGCGGGUAUAUUUAUCGAAACUGGCCUGAAAAGGUCAGAGGCAACACUUGCGAAUCAAAACAGUGCUUCCGUAGAAACCGACAUUCAUUGCGAACCUCAGCAGAACAGUCCCACGACUGGAUUGUCAGAUUCGGACUGCCGGUUCUGGGGCGGCUCUCGCC